UUUCGGGAGCGUCACUUCCGGCGCGCAGCCAAGAUGGCGGCGGAGAGUUCUUGCGAGCUGCCCAUGGCCCCUCCGCCGUCGGCCCCCCUCGGGCCUUCCUCCUCCUCUUCGUGCCGCCGCCGAUGCUCUAGCUCCAGCUCCAGCGGCUCCUCCUCCUCCUCGUCGUCGUCCUCCUCGUCGUCGUCGCUACUCUCCUGGGGCGGCCCUCCCUCGGCUUUGGUUUCUUCCGCGGCGGCGGCGGUGGCGGCUCCCCCCUGCCGUUUGGGCCCCGGCCCGGCCUCGGCCUCCUCAGCGUUGGGGGCGCCGUCGCCCGGGAAGUGGGUCCGGCUGAACGUGGGCGGCACCUGCUUCCUCACCACCCGGCAGACGCUCUGCCGCGACCCCAAGAGCUUCCUCUUCCGCCUCUGCCAGGCCGACCCCGACCUCGACUCCGACAAGGAUGAAACAGGUGCCUACUUAAUAGACAGGGACCCGACUUACUUUGGGCCAGUUUUGAACUAUCUCCGACACGGGAAGCUGGUUAUCAAUAAAGACCUUGCAGAGGAAGGUGUGCUUGAAGAAGCUGAAUUCUACAACAUCACUUCGUUAAUCAAACUUGUGAAGGAUAAAAUAAGGGAAAGAGACAGCAAAACCUCACAGGUGCCCAUCAAGCAUGUUUACCGGGUGCUCCAGUGCCAGGAGGAAGAGUUGACCCAGAUGGUCUCCACUAUGUCCGAUGGCUGGAAGUUUGAGCAGCUGGUCAGCAUCGGGUCUUCCUACAACUACGGGAACGAAGACCAGGCUGAGUUCUUGUGUGUUGUCUCCAAGGAGCUGCAUAACACUCCCUAUGGCAUGGCCAGUGAACCCAGCGAGAAGGCAAAGAGCGAAGACGAGGAGACGGAUUACGAUGUGAAUGACUCAGAUUGAGUAUGAGUGCCACGAUCCUGCAGGAACGAGGCUCCAGGAUGUAGCUGUGCCCCGAUGCAGAGCGGAGGAUACCUUGCUUUGGAAAGAUGGCCAGCACUGCCAGGGAGGCCCUCCUUCCUUGAUCCCUUCUGCCGACCUGGACCUGGGACCUUCUCCAGAGGAGCAGGCCUUUGGGGACAAUGGGCACUGAACAGGGCCCACAAAAGGAGCAGAGUGGUCAUUGUUGCCUCCACUGCACCUCCAUCUGGAGGGACCUGGCCUGGGCCUGUUUGGCUGGACAGAGACCGAUUUGGGUUUCCCUCCUUUGAGGCUGUUCCUGGGGAACCUACUUGGUGCUACAUCCGAACCAGCCCCCCUUCCCCUCUUUUGUGCAUCCCUUUUGGGCCUUCCUCUCUGUCUCUUGCAAGCCUGCAGUUUGUUUGGGCCUGGGGACCUUUCCCCAGCAAGGUGCAUAGAGCCAGGCUUUGGGGAGCCCUAUGUGGAUGGAAGCCAGAGAGUCUUUGGCUGGGUCUCUGGCCCCAGCAGCAGGAAGGAGGGGUCCCUGCCCUCCAGAUGUUUACAGUUAUUUCUACAUUCUCUUGAUCUAUGCAGUUCUGGCGUUUCGGCAAGGGAGCCCCUGCCUGCCGCAAACGCUUGUGGUUUCACGACGGAAGGUUUGUGUUGUUCAAUGUGAAGAAAACACACAACUGGAGCUUUUUUUUUAGUGCACUGUGUUUAAAGGACACUUUUAGCAUGUUUUCCAGAUAGGUUUUUAACAGAGCCUGUAUUUAUGCUCUGUUCUGUAGGGAAGCCCACGGCCUCUCCCAGGAGGCUUUCUAGCACUCUUGCCUGUGUCUGAGAUGGUGGAAUUAAACAGCUUUUGGGACUA